CUUAAAUUUCACAAGAUUUUAAAAUUUAUUACGUGAAAAUCUAAUUUUUAAUUUUAUUUGGAGUAAAAAAAGGAAUAUCACGAAAUUGAGUUUCAUGGGGCCAAAAUACAUGGAUCUGGAUGCAAAGAAGGCCCAAACUAUUGAAACGAGCCUGGCUCUUACAAAUAACAAGUCCACGUAGAAGGUAGUAGAACAAAGCCUUUGAAUUUUAUUUGUUUCUAUUUUAUUUUAAACCCUUAAACCCCAAGCACAAGUCACCCGGUUUCUGCUGUCGGACUCGGAGCUUAAAACCCUUCUUCCUCUCUGGGUGUCCAAUGUCUGCAUUUGAUGCGGUAAUCUCCGAGGAAAUUCCUUCGUAACACACACAAAAACCAAAACAAAAUGUCGAGUUGGUUCUUCCCUUCCUCCAAAUCUAGUUCUUCUCCGUCCCCGGCGGAGUCUUAUUCAGCCCCAGAUGCCGGCGCCGGCGGGGACGAUUUUGGAAGCGCGUUUGACCAUAAGGCGCUUGAGAAGAGCGCUGAGAUACUCAAGAAGAUUAAUAGCCACAAGCUUGCGAAAGAACUGUUUAAAGUGAUGAGGAAGCAAGAAGAAACGAGGCAAUUAGAAUUGGCGGCUGAGAGAGCUCAUUACGAGGCCAUUCAAGCCCAUGCUGAUAUCGAAAAACAUCGAAAAUGGGCAGAAGAACAGAGGGAACUAUACCAACAGCAAGCUCAAGUAAAGGCACAAGCUUUAAGAUUUGAAGAUGAACUGGCUCGAAAGCGAUUGCAGGUGCCAUAAUAAUUUAUCCUCCUGCAUUUUGGAUGAGUUUCAUAAAUCUUAUGGAUCUUUAAUGAGUCUCUGAAAGUGUUUAUGGGCCGUUAUGUCUUGAAUCUCAGCAUGAUAAUUAGUUGUCAAAUGUUGAAGAAUUGAAGAAUGACUUAACUUCAUUAGUUGGUUUUCAGUUUGUAAAAGAUUACUUUGUGCUGUUUAAAGAUAUCUUCCCGACCAAUUUCAGACAGAGCAUGAAGCUCAGAGACGUCACAAUGAGGAAUUGGUCAAAAUGCAAGAGCAAUCAUCCCUGCGGAAAGAACAGGCAAGACGAGCAACAGAAGAACAGAUCCAAGCUCAGCACAGACAGACUGAGAAAGAAAGAGCUGAGAUUGAAAGAGAAACAAUAAGAGUGAAGGCCAUGGCUGAGGCAGAAGCCAGGGCUCAUGAAGCAAAACUCACCGAAGAGCAAAAGAAGAGAAUGCUUAUAGACAGGAUUAAUGGGGAAAGAGAGAAGUGGCUUGCUGCUAUCAACACGGCCUUCAGUCAUAUUGAAGGGGGUUUCCGUAUUCUGUUGAAUGAUAGGGGUAAAUUAGUAAUGACCAUUGGAGGAGCUACUGCAUUAGCUGCUGGAGUUUAUACCACUAGGGAAGGCUCCAGAGUAAUGUGGGGAUACGUCAAUAGGAUGCUUGGGCAGCCAUCAUUAAUUCGGGAAUCCUCUAUUGCAAAAUUCCCAUGGUCAGGGAUUGUUUCUCGCAGUGCAAAGAAAAUGUUCAGUCAAGGUACAGCUGCUGAAGGACAAAGUAAAUCGCCUUUGGAAGGUAUUGUUCUGCACCCCUCAUUGCAAAAGAGGAUCCAUCACCUCGCCCGGGCUACAGCAAAUACAAAAGCUCAUGAGGCCCCCUUCCGUAACAUGCUCUUUUAUGGACCACCUGGCACUGGUAAAACUAUGGUUGCCAGGGAGAUAGCAAGAAAAUCGGGUUUGGAUUAUGCCAUGAUGACAGGAGGAGACGUUGCACCCCUUGGUCCUCAGGCAGUUACCAAAAUUCAUGAGAUCUUUGACUGGUCGAAAAGGUCAAAGAAAGGUUUACUGCUUUUCAUUGACGAGGCUGAUGCAUUCUUGUGCGAGCGCAAUAGCAUCUACAUGAGUGAAGCUCAGCGAAGUGCUUUGAACGCAAUGCUCUUCCGAACAGGAGACCAGUCAAGGGAUGUGGUUCUUGUUCUUGCCACCAACAGACCGAGAGAUCUCGACAGUGCCAUUGCUGAUCGCAUUGAUGAAGUGAUCGAAUUCCCCCUCCCCCAAGAGGAGGAGCGUUUUAAACUGCUUAAACUUUAUUUGAACAAGUACCUUUGUGGAGGAGAUGAAACCGAAGGCAAGUCAAAGUGGUCCCAUUUCUUCAAGAAACAACCACAAAAGAUAACUGUUAAAGAGGAUUUAACAGACGAUGUAUUCAGAGAGGCUGCAAAGAAAAUCGAAGGUUUCUCAGGCCGUGAGAUUGCGAAACUAAUGGCCAGUGUUCAAGCAGCUGUGUACGGACAGCCAGACUGCGUGUUGGACUCCCAGCUAUUCCGAGAAGUAGUAGAUUACAAGGUUAGAGAACACCACCAAAGAGUUAAACUUGCAGCAGAAGGCGGUGAUCCGAAAAGAUUGAAAAAGAAAAGCUUGAAAAAUUAAAGUCCUGGAAAUUUUGGGGAUUUAUUCAUUUUAGAUUAUAUCCCAGGGUGAGAAGAGCUAACACAACAUAUUGUGUCCAUGGUGAAUAAUACUCCAUAAAUUUUUGGAAUCAAUGCUCAAUCUUGCUAACCUGAGUACAUGACAAUAUAAUUAUUUUUUUCAAUAGAUGAAAUUUGUUGGUAGGCCAGCAUAUUGGUGUCCAAUCUGUAUGACUAAAUCAAAUCAAUUUUGGGCCAACCAAUAUUUAGCCAUCGUACAUAAGCAUGGCUAAGGAUAUCAAACGUUGUACGUUGUCAAUUCCCCUUGUCGUAACAAUUUCAUCUUCAUUUUUUUCUUUUUUUCAUCCGUUGAUUACAUAAUUACUUCUU